GGCGCCGCCAUGGCCGUCGUGAGGCGAGGGGAGCGGCGCGUUGCCAUCGAUACCGACAGCACUUUCUUCUCCCCGUCGCCGUGUCCCGGAGGAACUUCAUCAGUUCUGUCCUCUCUUCCCUUACAGAUCCUCUUUUAUCUAAAUGGCAUUUAUUACGUCUUUUACUUCUUGGCAACUCUUGCCAUGAUUGUUUAUAAAAGUGAAGUUUUCAGUUACCCAGAUGAUUUUCUGGCUCCUGAUCUUGUGCUGCUUUUCAUUAUGGCCAUUCUGGAAGCGCUCCGAUUAUACUUGGGUUCGAAGGGGAACCUGACAGAAGAAGAGGCUCCGUUGGGGCUGAGCCUGGCCCUCACGGUGGGGAGUGUGAUUCUGGCGGUGUAUUUCCUGGUGUGGCAAACCUAUGUGCUGUGGGCAGACGUCCUUCUGAACACCGUGCUGCUCUGCACCUACGGGCUGGAGUCCCUACUAAAGGUCAUGGCCAUUGCUGCCUUUGUCAGCUGAGCCCUAGUGCUUGUCAGCGUGUUUUCAACACAUUUCUUCUAUCGAGAGUGGGCUUACACUUCAAAUAUUUAAUUCUUUUGCAUAUCAAACUCCUGUAAAACUUUUCUCAGUUGAAAGUACAAAUGUUUGAGGGGCAGAGAUGUCCCGGAAUGGUGGGUACAACCCCCUGCCUCGCAGCCCUGUUUCGCUAUCUCUUCAGCUCCAUAUGAGGAGCGGCUGAAGGAGCUGGGGCUGUUUAGUAUGAGGAAGAGGAGGCUGAGGGGAGACCUCAUCACCCUCUACAACUACGGGAAAGGACCCUGUAGAGAGGUUGGUGCUGGUCUCU